AGUUUAUUUCUAGAUUAAAAUGAACUGAAUAAUGCCGCCUGUAAAUGUUAGGGGGUCUGACUCUCACCAGAAAGCAGGGGCCGAGGGAGUACCUUUAGGAGUUCCUGGAGUGCAGUCAUCUAAUAAACAUAUUCUUCCACAGUUCUACAGUAUUGGAGCUAAUCCACCUCCAGCAUGGAGCAAUUAUAUUGGAUCAGUGAAAAAAGACUCCCCAGUAGUUGCUACACAACUAGUUGUUCCUACUCAACUAUCUGAGGUUCCUGUCAACCUAACCUGUGUUCAUUGCCAGCACCAUGUUACUACUAGGACGAGAACACAUCCCUCUCCUCUAAGCUGGUGCGUGUGCUCCUGCCUCUGCAUAUUCCUUAUCUGGCCUUGUUGUCUUCUACCUUUCUGCUUUGGAUAUCUUAAUAUCACGGAGCAUAGAUGUUCGAACUGCUAUAAAGUGUUAGGACGUUAUAAAGGAUGGAAAGGUCGGGCUGAUCCUUAAUUAGAUUUUCUUUAUUUAUGUUUUUUUCUUUUAGAUUUUUACUUAAGUUUUUUCAUCAAUUUGUUAUUUGUUUCGAA